CUCUCUUGCAGUCUCACUUUGUCAAAAGUAGAAGCUGACUUCGCUCUGUUUCAGUUUCUUUUCUCUUACCAUUCAUUCAUUGGAUCUGAUUUCGGUAUUCUAUUUCUUCUACUGUCAGUCACUAUCACAACUGACAAGCACAAUCGCAUGCCAUGGACGCUUUCAGGAAACAAGCUAGCAAGCUAAGAGACCAAGUUGCCAAACAGCAGCACUUUUCAGCUGUAAUUAAACAGUUCAGCGGUAGCGGUUACGAGAGCUCAGAUGUUGUGGUUAUUGAUGAGGUUGAAAUGCAGAGACAUCAACAUAUGGAGAAGCUGUACAGGGCCACCCGUGCCGGGAGGGACUUCCAAAAAGAAAUUGUUAAAGCAGGAGAAACAUUUACAGCUAUAGGUUAUAAGCAUAUUGAAACAGGAACAAAACUUUCUGAGGAGUGCUGUAGAUAUGGAGCAGAGAACAACAGUGACAACAUAUUGGCCAAGGCCGCGUCAGUAUAUGGUGAUGCUCGCAAACAUGUAGAAAAGGAGACCGAAGAAUUGAAUCGGCUUUUAUCUUCCCAGGUUUUGGAUCCUUUGAGACAAAUGAUCAAUGGCCCACCUUUGGAGGAUGCUCGCCAUCUUGCUCAACGGUAUAGUCGGAUGAGACAAGAAGCAGAGACACAUAAAGAGGAGAUUUCUAGAAGACAAGCACGGGUCAGAGAAUCUCCAACUGCUGAGAAUGUUGCCAAACUGCAUGCUGCAGAAGCAAAAAUGCAGGAGCUGAAAGCAAACAUGGCAGUUCUUGGUAAAGAAGCUUCAGCGGCAUUAGCUGCUGUUGAUGCACAGCAGCAGAGACUGACUUUUCAAAGGCUUGUUUCUAUGGUCGAAUCAGAGAAGACUUUUCAUUUGAGAGUUGCAGCUAUUUUUGGUGAAAUUGAAAAUGAGAUUGUCUCUGACAGACAGAAGAAAGAAUCGGCCCCUCCAGUCGUUAUAUCCCAGAAUGGCUCAGAGAAAACAAUGUACUUCUUGGCUGAGGCAAUGCAUCCUUACUAUGGUGAAUCGGAAAAGGAACUGAGCUUUUCAAAGGGUGACUUUAUUGUCGUGAGGAAGGUGAGCCAAACAGGGUGGUCAGAAGGAGAGUGCAAUGGUAAAGCAGGGUGGUUUCCUUCCGGCUAUGUGGAAAAACGGCAGAGAAUCCCCUCUAGCAACUUGGCUGGUGAAGUUUACUAGGUUCUACUCCUGGUGUACUAUUCAUUUUUUGCUUUGUCUCCCUUAUUUGGUUUUGCAUUACAUCAUUCAAAGAAGAUAAACAGAAGGACUGGAGAUAAUGGUGCACUUGAUGGAGAUGUUGUUACCUUUUGUUAUCACAAAAAUGAAAAGAAGAAAAAGAUGUCAAGCUGCAGGGUAACGUAUAGGGUGACACUUGUAACAAGUUGUUCAAACAGUUUUUCCAUGUUUUACUUUUGGCUCACAAUGUCACAUCGACUAUUUUACGUUGUCUUUUGUAAUUGAUAGAAAUACAUGUCAUUUUUUUUAUGCUUAUUGGUUGAAUGAAGGAUUAUAUGAUUUGGAAUUUGAA